AUGGCGUUCAGGACACCUCCACCUCUCGCCAGAGGCGGGUUUAAGGGCCGCUGCGAGGCUACGAGGCCUUUCUCGCUCUCUGACUCCUUCUCGAUUGCGGAAGCAAAGCAAAGGAGCCGCAUGCGCCCGUCCUCGAGUCGCGCAUUAUCCUCGGCGUCUUCGCUCUUUUGUCUCCUCUUUUCGCCCCCGGAGAAGGCCUCUGGCUCUCCACGAUCCUUUCCUUUCUCUCGCUCUCACUCCGGUGCGCUCGUCCCCUCGCCGCCCUCCUCUUCGUCUUCCGCUUCGUCUCGCCUCUCGUCGUCCUGCGCGGUCGCAGCGCGCACCUCGCCUUGCUCUACUUCUUCUACUUCUGCUUCAAGUUCUUCGUCUCCUGCCGGUCGUCCCCGGUUAGCGGCCGGAUUGGUAUGCCUUCCAGGUCUCGCGGCUGCGUCCGUCUCGGCUGGGUCUCCGCGGCUCUGGCCUUCUGCCCUCCUCUACGUUUUCUGCGUUCCCUUCGUGCCUUGCUCUGCGUCGCUGCCGCCUCUGCGCGGCUUCGCGUCGCGCGCGAGUCGGCGCCAGCGCGAGCGUCUCGAGGAAAACUACCUCCGCGAGUCGCUGCGAGAAGUUGUGGAUGGCGUGCGAAGCGCCGAGGCUGAAGCGCCGCCCACGCGUGCCUCUCGAGGGCACCGAGCGUCUUCCGCCUCCUCCGCACCUGCGUCUGCGCCAGCCCUUGCCUCCCGCCAUGCUCGCGAGGGCGAAGAGGAGGCUCUUCAAUCCUCGUUCUGGGGCGCUCGAGCCGCAGGAUUCUCUCAGGAGCUGAGUCUCCUUCGCCUCGGCACGCGGCGCGCACGCGCCGGCGAGAGCGUCCUCGACGGCGGCGGCGCAGCUGACGAGGAAGCGCUUGCCUGCGCGGCGCGCGACGAGGAAGGCGGCCCGGGUGUAGGAAGUGUAGAAAACGAAGUGCGCAGGCGACGCCGCCUGCUGCGCGCCGCCAGCCUCGACCGAGCGCAGGACGGUGCGCCCCGCGGCAGACGAAAACGAGUGGCCGCGUCGGGCUUCGAGAAACCCCCAUCCGAGGCGUCUCCGCCGCUCUCGGAUGACGCGUUUGAGGCGCUGGCCGUGGAGGACGACGAGCUUGGGCUUGCGAGCGAUUUUGUCGCGCCGGCGGCCGCGUCUCGCUCGCCUGAGGCGUCGCCGCUGUAUCGGAGCUUGACGCACGAGGAAGCGAAGCAGAUGCAGGAAGCGUACAGCGAGAAGCUCCACGAAGACCGCCGCAGGCGCUGGCUCCGCAUGUAUGGCCUCCCCAACCCCGAGCGGGAGGCCCGCGCUCUGCUCAGAGAAAACGAAAUGACGCGCGGAUCUCGCGAGCCGUCAGGGACAGGUUCGGGCGGGCGCUCGACUCGCGAUUAG